AUGAGCUACUUCGAAGCACCUCAGAGUGUCGUUGUUAUCGGCGGCGGCAUAGUCGGAUCUUCCAUCGCCUGGCACCUCUCAAAUUCACCCACCACAAAGACCACCAUCGUCGCAGAUAAGAUCGGAGGCGUCGCGACACCCAACUCCUUCGCCUGGGUCAACGCAGGUUCCACAGACAAGCAAUUCUACUAUAACUUUCGACAUCGGUCCAUGAAUCACUGGAGAGAGAUCGAGGGUGCAGUCCCUGAACUGUCCAGGUACAUUCACUGGGGCGCAUCUUUGAACUGGGAUAUCGCCAAUGAAACGAAGAGGGCGGAAUAUGGGGAGAAAUUGACGAACUGGGGCUAUCAUGUUGUCACGGUCAACAGAACCGAGAUCGAGUCCACCUAUGAGCCUGAGUUCCAGGAGAGUUUCUUGCCGGACUGGGCAUUGAGAUACACGGAGGAGGGACAGAUGGAGGCGCAUAUUGUGGCUGAGAAGCUUAUCGAGCAGGCGCAAAAGAACGGCGCGGGACUGCUGGAGACGAACGUAACAUGUUUUCUGAAGAAGAACGGGAAGAUUGCGGGUGUUGUACUUGACGGAGGGAAGGAGGUGCGUGCCGACCACGUCGUCUUAGCUGGUGGAUUGGGCAGCGUGCCUUUACUAGCUGCCGAAGGCGUAGCUUUGCCCUUGACGCCAGAAGCCGGUCUUCUUAUCAAUACCGUUCCCACAGAGAGAAAACUGCUCAACGGCGUCGUCUACUCGACCGAGCUUCACCUUCGACAAACAGCAGAUGGGCGCAUCCGUUCUGGAUCCGACUUCGGAGGCUCAGACCCAACUGAUGACCCGCAAGCCGUAGCUGAUGAACUGUUCGCAAAAGUACAGGCGGCUUUCAAGGGGGGUGAUGCAAUUGAGUACGACUACUAUACGAUUGGAUAUCGACCCACACCAGCGGACGGCCUGCCCAUCCUGGGCGAAACGGGCGUGGAUGGCUUGACGGUGGCCACGAUGCACAGUGGCGUCUCAAACGGGGCUAUCGUUGGCAAGCUGAUCAGCGAGUUGGUCUUGACGGGCGAGAAGGAUCCUGCGCUUGCUGACUUUGCGCUGGCGCGCUUUAGUAACGGAACAACGGUCAGCUCCAAAAGGACACGGGCAGAUCACUGA